AGAGAGAGAUUGGAGCUGAUUGCAGGUAGGGGAGAGAGAGAGAGAUUGGAGCUGAUUGCAGGAUAAAGCAGCAGUGUCAGGCUAUAAAUUGCACUCGCAUGUGAUAUUAUUUUGGAAUUCAGAGAUAUGGCAAAGAGAGGGGGAGCCAGAAAUGCAUCGACACCUGGUUCGGGAUAUCAAUUUGCUAAUCUUCGAGAGGAGAGCAGUGGGAAAAAAGAAGUCAAAGGAUCCAAAGGUGUCAGUUCUAUCUUGAGGAUACAGCAUCUGCAGAAGCUGGCUAUUUGGGCAGGUGGGGAAGUUUCUAUACCUCCCUUGGGUGCUCUGUUUGGACACCAUUUGGCCGCUAAUGCAGAGGCCACAGGAAUUCCGAUUGAUUCAUCGUUCUUUACUUGCCAAGGAUGUGAGACUAUCCUUCAGCCUGGCCGUAACUGCACCGUCCGAAUAAAAAAGAACACAGCCAAGAUGCAGCGCCACAAGAAAUCAUGUGUUCCUUCAAAGAACAAUGUCGUUUACACGUGCCAUUUCUGUUCACACCAGAGCCUUCAUAGGGGCACCCCAGAAGGCCACAUGAAAGAGAUAUUCGCUUCAAGGCCGAAACUUAUUUCAGAUUCAAAACAGGUCAGCUCCACAGAUAAAAAAUCCAUCAUCCCCGAGAAAGAUACAGCAACUGGAGCGGAGAUUAUCUAUUUGAAGCCGAACCCACUUUCAGAAUCGAAGUCCAAAAGUCCCAAGAAAGAGAAAGAUCAAGCGGUUGGAGAGAUUACUAUAGAAAACAGCCCGGCAACGCCAUUUAAGAGAGUAGGCAGUGCCUUGUCCGUGGAAAAGAAAUGGAAGCGGUGCAGAUCAGGACCGAAAAAGACGGUUGGAAAUGAAAACAGCUCGGCGUCGAUGGAAACUGGAAAAGCCACCAGCGGAUCAAGCAAACGUAGGAGGAAAGCAUGGUCUAGCCUGAAGGAGAUUGCUGAAAACAACGAGCGUGAAAGUGCACGUGAAAUCGGCAAUUUGACAAUCCCAUUUCACAUAUGAGGGGUACGGAUAUUUUAAUUUAGGCAUGAGAGGGAAUGUGUGGCAAAUGGAAAUGUUAGGCUGUGUUUGGAUGCACAAGUGAAUUGAAUUGUAAACUGUCAGUUUGAGGGAUGAGGAAAUGACCCGAGGAGCAUGGCCUCUCAAGUCCCAUUUAAAAGUAGUGCAAUUGCUACUUGGAGCCCAAUCCCUCUAUGUUAAUACUGAGGCUAUUACACGUUGGACAUUUCCAAUUUGCUAGACCGAUUAUUGCAAUUUGACUCGAUGGUGCAUCCAAAGGCACCCUGAGGUUAUGAUUAACUACAAUAAAAUGGUGUAUACGAAAUCAAACCGUUCAAAGUGUGGGUCCCAUGUCGAUUGAUUGUAAGCUGAAAAAUAUAUCAGAUUUUUUAUUUUUUAUUUUUUUUU